GACAUUUCACAAAAACAUUUACGACAGUGUCAUGGCAGCGUGCGGAGUCAGUUUUGAGAGUUCAGGCAGCAUCGAAGAAAGAAAGGAGAGUAAACGACAGGCCCGAAAAGAUGCGCUAGAAAAGGCCAAGCAGCAGUAUGACAGAGAAGAGAAGAGGAAAGAGCUGAAGAGGCAGAGAGGGGAGGACACUUGGAUGCUCCCAGAGGUCAACCAGAGGCUGCAGCAGAUAGAGGAAGAGGGCUCUGUGAGGGGCAAGAAGAAGAAAGAGAAAAAAUCUAAAAAGAAAAAGAAGGAGAAGAAGAAGGCAAAGAAGGAGAAGAAGACAGCCGAAGCAGGAGAUGGCUCAAGUGACAGCUCAGAAGACUCAGGGGAAGAGUGGAUUGAGGCUCAGCCUCAGACACAAGCUUCCAAACCCUGGCAGGUUUCUGACGAGUCCAAGCCUUCAGAGAGCAACCUCAGCCCAGCCCAGAAUGCCCAGAGAGACGAAUGGAUGACCUUUGACUUCCUGGCGAUGAGAACCACUUCCACAGCAGAGAGGAGAGCUGAGAAAGAACGACAGAAAGAGGAGGAGAGGGCGAAGGCUCAGGCCAUUGAACAGGCUGGUUUACACAAAUUGGAGCUAAACCCGUACUGGAAGGAUGGGGGAACUGGUGUGCCCCCAGAGGAGAUGUCUGGUACUACAGUAAAGAAAGGACCAGUAGUGAACGAUGGAGGUCUGAGCUGGCUGAGGAAGAGUUACCAGAGGAUGAAGGAGCAGGCAGAGAGGGAGCAGCGCAGCCUCAACGAUGUGGUGGCUGAGAGAUACGGAUCAAUGGAAGAAUUUCAGCAGAGACUUACUGAAGCUGAGACGGCUGUUUACGGACAGAGGAGAGGAGGAGGAGAAGGAGAUGGCCCAGCAAGAGGCGGGUGGAGGAAAGGAGAGAAUGAGUCCAGGGAGAGAUGGAGGAGAAAAGAGGGAAAUGGGGAAGAUGGAGGUCAGUGGAGAAAAAAUGAAAGAGACUCAUCAGCCCGAGACAGAGAGAUAUACCAUGCUGGGCGAGGACAGGAGAGGGAGAGGGGAGGGUAUCGAGGGGGAGGGGAUGACAGAGGUCGAGAUGGAGACAAGUAUAGAGAGAAGGAUAGGGAUAGAAAUAGAGAGAGAGACAGAAACAGGGAUAGAGACAGAGAGAGAGAACGGAAUGGAAGAAGAGACAGAGAAAGAGAGAGAGGGACAAGAGACAGGGAUGAAGAUCGGGAAAGAAAUAGAGAAGGAGAUCAGCGCAGUGCUGCUGCAUCAUCGUCAUCAUCGGGUGCAAGUUGGAGUCAACAUUCACUCUCCCUUGGGUCACUAAAAAGCCGCUUCCUCAAACCCUCAGAAGAUGAUGAGAAUAGUGAAGUUCCAGAGCGUCCGCGUCCUCCACCUCGGCCCUCCAGAGGAUUCCUUAAACCCAGCUCUGAUGAUGAAGACUCUGGUCCCCAUGACACCAGCAUUCCACCCCUGAGGAAGAGCAGCAGUCUUGCCCAAGAAUCUGACUGCUUGGAAAAAUCACAGCAGGAGAGAGAGAGGGAUCCGGAGAAAACUGUAACUGCUGCUCAAGAUGGUCCACGUGGUGACAAAGCUGCUGUGAUGAUAUCAAGGAGUGAGAGUGAAAGCGAGGAAGAAAAGGAGGAGGAGGAGGACGUUCCCCUGCUGUCUGAGGAGGAGAUGAACAGACUGGCGGGCGAAUUGGUGAAGGCCGAGAUCAGGGGCAAAACGGCCUUAGUUGAGAAGUUGAGAGCACAGCUGGAUGCAGCACGGAGAGCCAAAGAGAGCCAUGCUGCCCAAAAGAAGCUACUUGAAACGGCUAACUCAAACCAGAUCCCAGGUCGUUCCGCUGACAACCAGGAGGUCCUGCUGUUUAGAACUGAUCAAUCAGGUCGGGCCUGGCCAGUCAAGGGACCCUCUGGACCUCAGGAGCCCCACGGAGGACGACGGAAAAAGAAACCGAUUGAGACCCAUGUUGACGGAGAGCGUGUGCGCUAUUUCCAGGAUGAUGACAAUGUUGGUCUGCAGGAGAUGGUGAGGAGAGAGAAGAUGAGCUCUGCACAGGAUCAGAAUGCCCUCUACUCUCGCAUGGCUGCCAAGAUGAUGGGGAAGACAGACGGCGACAACUACACGCUGGAUGACAUGUUUGUGUCGAGUGCAGCUCAGCGGGAGGGGGAGGGGAGGGAGGAGGAGAGGAUGAGGAACAGAGCCAUCGGGGAGAGUAGGAGGCUGGCCGCCUCUAUGGAGAAAUGCCAUCACUGCUUCAGCAGCCAAGGGCUCCAGAAGCACCUCAUAGUGGCAAUAGGGAGCAAGGUGUACCUCAGCCUGCCUGCGGGAGUGUCGAUGACAGAGGGCCACUGUCUCAUCUGUCCGCUCCAGCAUCACUGCUCUGCCACCGGAUUGGACGAGGAUGUCUGGUCAGAAAUGCAGCUGUUCCGGCGUACUCUGGUACAUAUGUUUGAGUCCCAGGAGCUGGAUUGUGUGUUCAUGGAAACACACAUGAACCCACACAGAAGACAACACAUGGUCCUAGAGUGUAUCCCACUGCCCCGAGAGCUGGGCGAUAUGGCACCCAUAUACUUUAAGAAAGCUAUCAUGGAGUGUGAUGAAGAAUGGGCCAUGAACAAGAAGAUUGUUGACCUCUCUUCGAAGAACAUCCGCCAAGCUGUUCCUCGAGGUCUGCCCUACUUUGCUGUAGACUUUGGACUUCAAGGAGGGUUUGCUCAUGUAAUUGAAAAUGAACACAAGUUCCCCCAUUACUUUGGCAAGGAAGUGGUAGGCGGCAUGAUGGACUUGGAGCCACGACGUUGGAGGAAGCAGAUCAGAGAGAAUUUUGAUGAUCAGAGGAAAAAAGUCUUGCAGUUUGCACAGUGGUGGAAACCGUAUGACUGUACCAAGACUGAUGGCUAGCUGGACACACUGACGGAAAGUUGUACAUGUUUUUUUCAGAAGGGAAGACAACACACUCACAUUCUCACAUUUGGUGAAUGUGGUGCAGACACAAAUUCAGAAUGUCAUGUAAAAUUUAGAAGCUGUUAUUGUGAGAACAUUUUUACUUAAAAAAUAGAAAAUAAAUAAUUUGAUUCAUGUAUUAGUUGUUAUUUUUCAUGUUACAUAAUCAGGCCAGAAGUGGUUCCCUAUGACCAUGUUUUUACAUUGAAAAGGCCUCAAGACCAAAAUCGUAUUCCCCCGUCAUGUAUUAAUGCUACAUAUUAAAAUAAAAAAUUGAACACAGUAA